GAGCGAGCGCCCACCCAGUCGGCUCAUGGGAAUCCAAAACAAACCCAGUGGGUCGGGGCGGAAAGCUGAGCUCCGCCGGGCGCUCCUCUCGUUAUGUGCAUUAAUAGCCUCCUUGCUGCGCCGGCUGACACAGGCCAGCAGCUGCCUGCAGCCGCCCCGCUCUCCCCGGGCAGCGCGGGGCUGGCAUUUGCAAACGCUCAGAUGCGCCAGCAUUUUGGGAGACCUCACGAAUCGCCCGCCGCGCUCCGCCGGGAGCGCUGGUCUGGAGCGGGAUGGAUGAGAGCAAACCCCUGAAGGUCCGGCUGACGUUCUCCGUGAUCCUGGUCGGCGUCUCGCUCCUGUUUGCAGCCGUAGUGACUGACCACUGGGCCGUGCUCAGCCCCAAAGUGGAGGAAUAUAACGGCACCUGCGAAGAGGCUCAUUUUGGGCUAUGGCGACUCUGUACAAAGCGGAUUUUUAUGCAGGAGCAAGGUCCCAAAGAGAAGGGCUGUGGGCCGAUAAGCCUGCCAGGAGAACACAACUGCUCCUACUUCAAGCACUUCACACCAGGACAGAGCUCGGAGAUAUUUGAAGUAACCACCCAGAAAGAAUACAGCAUUUCAGCUGCAGCCAUUGCCAUCUUCAGCGUUGGCUUUGCAAUCAUCGGAACAAUCUGCGUCCUCUUAUCCUUCAGGAAGAAGAGGGACUAUCUGCUGAAGCCAGCAUCCAUGUUCUACACCUUCGCAGGUCUCUGCAUCAUCAUCUCUGUUGAAGUCAUGAGACAAUCUGUGAAGAGGAUGAUCGACAGCAAGGAGACAGUCUGGAUUGAAUACAGUUACUCCUGGUCCUUCGCCUGUGCCUGCACCUCCUUCGUCCUGCUCUUCAUCUGUGGCAUCAUCCUCCUCCUGAUUGCAUUGCCUCGCUUCCCCCAGAACCCCUGGGAGACCUGCAUGGAUGCAGAACCGGAGCACUGACGUUCCCAGCACCAUUGAAAAAAGAACAGAAAGCGUUCUGAAAAGAUUUGUAUUUUUUAAAAUGUCUGGGUCUCACUAUACAAUGUGCACUCCAUUAACUAAGUCAUUACUGAACCAAGGCAUGUUCAAUUGUAAUUAUUGCUUUGUUUGUUGUUUUAUUUUUCCUCCUUUUUUUUUAAGAAAGCAGAAAGAGCAUUCAGCACCAGCAUGGGCUGUGGGUGAAUGGCACUGCUCUGUGCCAACUGGGGGAUGCCCUGUGCUGAUGCAGUUGGGUGAAAAUCUGCGUGAGGCAGCUCAUGUCACAGAGAAGAUAGCUUUCUUGGGGAGAAGGUGUUUAGUGUAGUUGGGUGUAGAUCCGUGAGGGUUAUUGGGCUUUUACAUCUCACUUGGUCAGAGAGAGAUGGCGAGAAAUUCUAGCUCCGUGGGGAGUCCACUUCCCCAUUCAUGCAAUACUCCUCUACCUCCCUAAGAAGAGCUCACCACUCUGGAAUAAGUUGGAUAUCCUUACGCCAGUAUGUUAAAUUGCUAAAAUUUGAAAAAAUUUUAAAAAAGGAAAACCUCAAACUAAAAACCUCCACCUUUGCCUGGCAUUGGGAUAAAAAUUUGUCCUAUAAAUUUUCACCCUGCAGUUCCAUUCUUUGGAAUUAUGCACCAAAAACCCACAAGAUACAGGUUUUGUUCUGCUUAAACUUCGAUUGCAAAGCACAGAAGCACUGAACAUUGAGUGAUGUUUUCCUUUAAUAAAAAGCAUAAUCUUCCAGUA